CCCCCGCAGGCUCCGCCCCUUUCCCUGCCGCAUGGGCUGUUUCUUCAUCAUUGUUUUGGUCGGCAUCAGCCACGUGGGAAGCGAGUAAGUGCAAAGAAGAGGCUCCUUUGCAGGGAAAUCCGAUUUUGUGGAAGGAGAAGGUGAGCAGGGAGAAGUAGAGUUUGCAAGAGGAGCAAGCUGUUAGUAGCUCCUGUGCAAACCCCUAGUUUUUCUGCACACCUGUUCCUUUCUAGAUCAGCCAGCUGAAAUGGACGAAGUCCAGCACAAAGGCUAGGCAUCCCUUGCUUGCUUCUUGCCUUCAGAAAGCGGCUCAGUUUUUUCAUUUUUUAAAAAAUUAUUAUUCGCUUAGGAACUGUUUUCAAGUUUUGUCUGCGGUAAAGAUGUCAGGAGAGUGGUCAGCAGCUGAGGUGGAUGUGGUCAAUCCUGGGGAUCUGGAAGCAAUGAAGAACGAAGCAAGGACUCUCAGCAUUGCCCAGGUUGGGACGAUUGGAGAGUUUGCGAGUUGGGCCAUGCCAAGACCAGGGCGGCUGGAAGCUGAGGAGGGAUUGGCCCACAGCUGGGAAGUCCAGUGGCAGGAGUUCCUGAAGGUGGCGCACACCCCUCACUGGGGGAGCCCAGAGUCUCCAAAGACCAUGCGCUGGGAAGUUACCAAAUCCUCCUUGGUCCCUUCCGAAACGGUAGCUGAUUUGGGACCUUGUGGAGAGGUGCCAAUCGGUCUUUCGCCAGGCCUCAAAGGAGGAGCUCCCCAAACCUCAGAGGAUCUGUACUCUGGCGAAAGGGGAGACAGCGUCAAAGUGGGCAAAGAGAUCUCAAGCAAGGGUGCCGCAGUGACAGAGACACAGCGCCAGCGCUUCCGGCUUUUCUGCUACCAGGAGGCUGAGGGGCCCCGAGAGGCCUGCGACCGGCUGCAUGUGCUGUGCCGUGAAUGGCUGAAGCCAGAGAGGCGCACCAAGGAGCAGAUCCUGGAGCAGGUGAUCCUGGAGCAGUUGUUGGCGAUCUUGCCACCGGCAAUGCAGAGCUGGGUCCGAGAUGGGAGUCCGGCAACCUGCUCCCAGGCUGUGGUCCUGGCUGAGGAUUUCCUGAUGAGACAGCAAAAGGCUGAAGGAUGGGGAGGACAGGCUCUAGGAACUUUGGCAGAAGUGGUUGUGAGCCUCUCUGAAGGGGAUGAGGCUGCUCCAGAAUUCUGCAAGGAGAUGAAGAAGGAGAGCAGCCAGAAUGCUGGCUUUCUAGGAACCAAUGAACUGACGAGCGAGAACGAUGUGGCAAGAGAGGAGCUGGAGGUCAACGUCGGGGUUCUAGGUAUAGCAGAGCAGUGUGACGAAAGCUGGCCGGAGAGAUCCGUGGCAGCAGCUGCUUGUGAACAGCUCCCUGAACACUCAGUCCAACCUCUGGGGACACAGGAGAGGAGGAGCACAUUCUCCAGGAGGAGCGGGACCCGGAGGCAAGGCCUUGAGAACCAGAGAAGACCCACAGAGCCCAAGCUCUACAUAUGCACGGUCUGCAGACGCAGCUUCACGCGGGGAUCGAAUCUCUUUCGGCAUCAGAAACUCCACACGGGACAGAAGUCCCACUGGUGUGCGGUUUGUGGGCAGGGGUUCACUCGGAAGGAGAAGCUCGUGAGUCACCAGAAAGUUCACAAAAAGAGGGUGACGGCUGGACGAAGAGGCCAAGCAGGGGAAAUAGCCGCAAAGUCUUCCAGAAUCGCAACAGCAGAAGGUCCUGUGUGGACGAUUCAGGAUGAUCUGCUUUGGGUCCCGUCGGAAGGAAACGAAGUUUGUGGAGAGGAGAAGCAAGACGGUGGGAAGAGGAGAGAAGGAAGAACAACAGGGACUCGGAGGGGAAAGCCCGUGGCAGAAGAGCUUUGCUUCAAAGUCGCAAUCCCACAAGCAGUGUGCUCCGUCUGCGGGAAAAGCUUCACUCGCAGAUCCACCCUUACCAGACACAUGAAAGGCCACACAGGAGAGAGGCUUCGCAAGUGUUCGGACUGCGGGAAGAAGUUCAGCCCGGCGGUGUCGGGACAUCGGAGGCCCAAGGCAAAGAUGGCAGACACAGGGAGGAAAACGUAUGAGUGUGCGAAGUGUGAGGGGGGCAGCCGUCCCAAGCUGAGCCUUAAUGGCCGCAAGAGCGUCUGCAAGAGGACGAAACGGUUCAGGUGUUUGGAGUGCGGCCACAAAUCCAUCUCUCCGUCGCACCUUCUUAGACACCAGAGAAUCCACACGGGAGAGAAACCGUAUCUGUGCCCCAUCUGCGGGAGGAAGUUCCGCCAGUCCGCGCAUCUCGUCAGGCACGAGAAGACGCAUGGAAAGAAGAAGCCACAUUUCUGAGGGCAGGGAGGAUCUUCAGAACUGUGCGUGUCUAGAUGGCAGGAGACACAAGCGAGGUUGGGUGUGCUGUGUGUUGAUAAAACACAAGAUCUCAAAGCUUGAAGCUAGACUACUUUUGCUCCACGGUAAAGGUCUCCAGCUAAAAAUGGGUUUCAGAUCCACAUGAGGAAGUUCCAGGGGUUUUAGACGACAAGCUGUGCAUCCAUCAGUUGCUCUGUGCGAUGGAUAAAAUGGAAAACGUGGCUCACAUCAGCACAUGGAGUGUCGUGGUCUGGAUCAUAAGUAGUACAGUCGUACCUUGAUCAUAAGUAGUACAGUCAUACCAAACGCCUUGCAAAUCGAACGUUUUGGCUCCCAAAUGCCGCAAACCUGGAAGCGACUGUUCCGCUUUGCGAAGUGUUUUUGGAAGCUGAAUGUCCGGUGGGGCUUCCGUGGCUUCUGAUUGGCUGCAGGAGCUUCCUGCAGCCAAUCAGAAGCCGUGAUUUGGUUCUCGAAUGUUUUGGAAGCCAAACGGACUUCCAGCAUGGAUUCCGUCUGACUUCCAAGGUACGACUGUAAUGAGAGUUCUGGACUCAUCUGGGCUGUGCCUUUAAAGCAUUAUCAUACUGCUUGGAACACUCAUGGUUUCCCUUCCAAAGAAUCCUGGGAAAUGUAGUUUGUUAAGUGUGCUGAGGGCUGUUAGGAGGCCCCUGUUCCCCUCUCAGAGCUGCAGUUCCAGUUCCCUGUGAAGAUGGAUGGAUUGCUAAACCACACUGAGAACUGUCGCUCCGUGUGGGAGAAUAUGGGGUCACCUACAAUGCUCAGCACCUUUAACAAACUACACUUCCCAGGAUUCUCUGGGAAAAGACAACGCUGGCGAGCUAAAUGAAUCAACAGUCUGGGGCGUUUGAAGACAGCCUUGUAUUUUCAAAGCCAUGUGGCUCCAUGAAGCAGGAUUGCCCAAACGCUUGGUUCUUGCUAUAUUAUUGCUAGACUCCAGCUGCCAUCAGCCAAUGUGACCCAAAGUCAAGGGUGAUGAGGGUUGUAGUCUAGCAAUAUCUGUUCCCCAUCCCUGAAGCUGAAUGUGCCAGCUAGGACUGAUCACCUGUGGUGAGGGAGACCAUUUUUCAGGUACUCAGGUAAGAGAGCGAUAAACAACAGCAACAGAUAGCACACACACUCUCCGCCCCCUGUUUUUCAGGCUAUAAUUCCAGAGACUAUCAGUAUUUUGAAAGCAAGCAAACAAAGUAUUUUCAGCCCAGUUCAAAGCUGCAUUGUUGUUGUUUAGUCGUGUCCGACUCUUCGUGACCCCAUGGACCAGAGCACGCCAGGCACUCCUGUCUU